UAGCAUAGUUACCUUUGAUAUCUCAAACGCGCUACAGCCUCAACUAAAAAUGAAAUUCCUGAUCGCUUUCGUCGCUCUCUUCGCCGUUGUUGCACACCUGAAUGCUGCACCCCUCAAUGCACAACAGCAGGCAACUGUACAGAUCGUGAGGUCGGAUUCGGAUGUUGGACCUGAAGGCUACAACUAUGCUUAUGAGACAUCCGAUGGCACUUCAGCUCAAGCUACAGCCAAACUGCUGAACGCUGGCACAGAUAGUGAGGCUCUUUCUGUUCAGGGUUCGUACCAGUAUAUCGGCGAUGAUGGUGUUACAUACUCUGUUCAAUACAUUGCCGAUGAGAACGGAUUCCAGCCACAAGGUGCUCAUUUGCCCGUCGCACCUGAAGCCUAAGAUGCGUUUCCUUAAAUCCUAAAUAAAUUAAAUAUAAUAAAUGUUUUUUACAA